AUGACCCGAAGCACAGAACACCAGCGCCCCGAACUCGUCUCUUUCGAUGACAUUGACUACAGCGACAACCAGGCCCUGAAGCAGGCUCAGGAAAGUUUUGUCCGGGAACAGUGGAUUCGUGUCGAGGCCCUCAAGACCGUCCGCCGUGCCCUUGAGAAGUGCUUCCAGACCCAGGGCGUCAACCAGUACGAGAACUGCAAGGACAUUGCUGAAAAAUACCUCGACAUGCUUCCUACCCACAGAGUUAAAGGAUACCUGGCUUACCAGCGAAACGACCCACGGAAAUAG